AGGCGCGACUCAACCUGUGGAAGCCGCGAUGAACAGCUGAUCCUCCCGCAGUGGAUAAAACCAGUCACCAUGGUCACCGCCGAGUCCUGAUCUCUCAUCCCACGCGUGGCACUAUGUGAAUAGUUAUUGGAAAAGUAGACAAAAGGAAAAUAACUGAAAAAAAGAAGGGAAAGUAGAGUGAAGGAGUGUUUUUGGAGCGUGUUAUUUCUCCCCCCCCUCCGGUUUGGACCUGUUGAUCAUCAGUGUGACAGACGGACACACAGUCUACCUGCCGCUCCCUGCUCUGCGCUCAUCGACCAUCAAUUAUGUUAUUGUCAAGUUUUCUUCUUUGCAGCUUCUCUCACUUGUUGGCGCCUCUGUUUCUCUGCUACCUGCCGCAAGUCUCCGCACAGAAGCCUGGUCCACGGUGGCUGAUCGGAGACAGAGACUGUGGGGUCAUCUGCACACGGACGCAGGGGAAGCCGGUGUGCGGCUCAGAUGGGCGGAGCUAUGAGACUGGCUGUGAACUGCAGAGGGCACGCUGCAAAGAUAAAACACUGACACUGGCACACCGCGGCAGGUGUCGAGGUAAAAGCUGGGGGAAAAUUGAUCAGUUGCCAGUUGCUCCAGCACCAACAUCCACAUCUGAAGGGAGAGACGUGGAGCUCAAAGAUGCAGGUCAGUCCAAGUGUCGUGUUGAAAGGAACCAGGCUUUGGAACAAGCCAGGAGACCUCAGGAGUCCAUGUUUAUCCCAGAAUGCAACGAGGAUGGAACAUUUGCCCAGGUCCAGUGCCAUACUCUGACAGGUUACUGCUGGUGUGUCACCAGUGACGGCAAGCCAGUGAGUGGCUCCUCUGUGCACAACAGGACCCCGGUGUGUUCAGGAAACUUCCGUGAAUUUAUGGGAACUCAUGCUGGGACAAGUGGAAUGUCAGGGUCAGUAACCGAUAAACCACCCGGGCCACCGAACUCUGGUAGAAAAGUCUCUUUCCGUUUCUUUCUCACCCUAAACCCAGAUGAUGGCUCCAAGCCCACGCCCACCAUGGAGACUCAUGUCCCCCCUGAGGGUGAUGAGAUUACUGCUCCAACGCUGUGGAUAAAACAGCUGGUUUAUAAGGAGAAUAAGCAGAACAGCUCCACUUCCAGGAAGCAAGAGAAAGUUCCCUCUUGUGACCAGGAGCGACAGAGCGCACUGGAUGAGGCUCGGCAGAAUCCUCGGGAUGCCAUUUUCAUCCCUGACUGUGGGCCUGGAGGCCUUUACAAACCGGUCCAGUGCCACCAGUCCACAGGCUACUGCUGGUGUGUUCUGGUGGACACGGGACGGCCUAUUCCUGGAACCUCCACCAGGUACCAGACGCCAGAAUGUGACGGUACUGCACGAUCUCGCAUCUCAGACAUAGAAGACCCCUUCCAAGGCAGAGACCUGACAGGCUGCCCAGAGGGAAAAAAAGUGGAAUUCAUCACAAGCUUGUUAGAUGCCCUCACUACAGACAUGGUGCAAGCCAUAAACUCACCAGCCCCCUCUGGUGGUGGGAGGUUUGUGGAGCCUGAUCCCAGUCACACUUUAGAGGAGAGGGUGGUGCACUGGUACUUCGCCCAGCUGGAUAACAACGGCAGCCACGACAUCAACAAGAAGGAACUCAAGCCGUUCAAGAGGUACCUGAAGAAGAAAGCCAAACCCAAGAAAUGUGCCCGCAAGUUCACCGACUACUGUGACCUGAAUAAGGACAGGGCCAUUUCCCUGCAGGAGCUGAAAGGCUGCCUGGGCGUCAGCAAGGAGGGUAGCUCAACAACAAGUGGCAGCCAAGGGACAAGGCAAGGGACAAAAUUGUUCAUAGGUCGUCUGGUGUGAGAAGAGAAGGAUCCAGAAGCUGAGACGAGAGCAGAGGGCACAGAGGGAAGGCAUCUGUACGCUUGCUGACAGGAAAGAGAAGGAUGGAGCAGAAAAAUUAAGAAGUUCCUGAGUUUCAAAAAAAUGAACAGAAAAACAAGAAAAGAAAACGAAGCGGCGCCAAAAUAUUUGCACUUUCUCCUCCCUAUGUUUGACAUUUUAUCUGUUCGUACGUGUUUUUUUUUUUUCUCUUGAAUUGACUGAAAAGGUCUAGGUAAGAAUGAGAAUAUAUUUGUAAAAAGAUGACUCACCACUGGAAGAUGUGUAUGUCACCACAUUUCCCUUUGUGUUUAGUCUGCUGUUGUGGUUUGUUCUGUCCUCAGAUAACGGGAACAGGCACUAACACACAUUUUGUGGCUAUUAAAUUCAACUUACAUUUCCCCUGUUACACAUAGCAGCACACAGGCCAGUGGUUACUCACUACAGAAGAGCUUACAGUGAGUCACAAUCAGCCCAAAUGUUGCUUGGUAAAGACAAACUCAAAAAGGAAGAGCUAUGGCAAAGUAGACCAAUUUAAACGAAUGUGUAAUGUUGUAUGUGAGCAGGCAAUAUUAAGUGAACGGCAUGUAUUAGAAUUAAACUGUGACAAUGAAGUCUAAUUUAUCAGCACAUAACUAGCUGUAUGAAUCCCCUUGCACUGUACAGAACUUUCUAGCUACAUUAACAUAUUGGCUUAAGAAUCCAAUCUUUUUUGAACAAUGUCCGAGAUGUGCUAUGUCUGGUUUUUGUUCAGUACGUACCAGUGUUGUGAGAAAGCUAGCUGUAUGUAAGUCAUUACUUUACUCGCUUACCACAACGUUACUUAAUGGUGUACUUUUUGUAUGACCCAAAACCAAUGCAAGAUGCAAUGUUGUAUGUAGUUUAUUAGCACAUUGUCUGCACAAGAUGGGGUUGACGUUUUAAUUGUUUUUCUACUUUUUUAUAAAGUUUGUGCUAACAAAACAUGAAAUAAUUAUAGUGAAGAAAAAAUAAAGUCAAAAGAAAACAGUAACAGAUUGUGAGAAUUGAAAAAUGUGUAGCAGCUAAUACGGUAAUAUGAGUACUUUUAAAGUCAUGCAUCUAGCCCAACACUGGUACAGUACAUACACAGUCUUGGAAGUAUACUAAUGCAGCUUAACACUGUAGCACCCAGCAGGUAAAACAUUUCUACAUGCUUGUGGUCGUAUGGACAUAUUAAAGCUGCAUUAAUGAAUGUUUGACCACUAGAGGGCAGAGGCAUUCCAAAACCAGAGACACAGCCCUGGACUAUUAUUGCCUCACAACCUUGUUAUGGCUAACAUUUUAGAAAUACGUUUCCUCUUUACAGAUCUAGCUAACACAGUGAAACAUCAUCCCAAGUUCAACACAUACUGUCUUUUUAGCUCCAUUUUUGGUCUCCACCAACUCCUGAGGGAAAUAAAUCUGGUUCUUUAGCACCUGCAUGUUCACCAGCAAUUUACUAGCAUAUAGUCGGUUUUUUCAUAGCUUAUUUGUUGAAAACAGCUUGAUGAGAGUGCUGAGACCAAACUAUAUAGUAAAUGUGACAUAAAAAGAGUAACUGCUGCAGAGUUGGGUGAUAAUUCUCUGAGGGUUAGUCUGUAAGAGGGUCCCCUUAAUGUUGAUAUAUAAAAAAUAUUGAUUAAUGCAGUUUUAAGUUCAAACCACAAUGAAUGAAUGCCAUGGUUUAACACAUAUCUUGUGUCACAUUGUUGUUCUAUGUGUAAUUUUGUGUCAAGUUACAAAUCAAUGUGACUAGCUAUAUUAUUCUACUAAGUUAAUGUUAGUAUUCAUUUUCUACACAAUCAAACCUAAAAAAACAUCUAAAGAGUCUGGUUUUUACAGUAUGUUAAUGGUGAAUUCUGCAUGUUUUUCUGCAUUUUUCUUGUGUUUGGUGAUCAUAUUUUCAUCGGGCUCCACUGGCUUCCUUUCCAUAAUUACAUCAUCAUCAACAAAUCUCUGAAAAAGACCCCCUGGUGGGGAUUUUAUUUUUCCAGAACCAUUUACAGUCCAGAGAAUGAGUUUUAAAUAUUCUUAAUAGUACCAGGAAAAAGAGGUGGCACAGAUGACUAAACCCGACCAGUAAAUGGAGUAAGAUGUUUACAUGGCUUAGUAUCCCGUUAACAUCAGCUCAUUUCAGCUGUCAUAUUCACGUUUAUCCCAAUUAUUGUAAACAACAUGUGGCAUUUACAAAUGCCAGUUCCUAAAAUAAAUAUUUGAGUCUCCCCAGUAAUAUCAGAGUACAUUUUGUGUAUGUAAACACAUUCAUUGUCUGUCCUCCAACAGUUGAUGUCAGUCCUGCUCUGUGAAACACUUAACCACCACACACACUUGGAGCUUUGCCACCUUAUGUAAGACAAUGCAGUAAGUCUUUUAAAAUAACCCCCAGGGUGGAGCGAGGAAAUACACGAGAAAAAGACAUUUCGGAAUGUAAAAAAUAAAGUUUCCUCCUCACAUUUGGGAACAAUUCAGUUUCAAAAUUGAAGAAUCAUGAGUUUGCUAUUGUGGUCUGAAUACUUGUGUAUUUUUUUUGAGUUGUGUAUUUCUUAGCAUAGUCACUGCAGUGGCUCAUGAACGUGAGACAAAAAAGGCUCCUAUUGUAAAUAUGUACAAUAACCUUUAUUUGUUUGUUUGUUUUACUAAAUUUCCUUGUGGAGCAUA